CCAGGACAGACGACUCCCAACCACCAUGACUGAGAGCGACGAGAUUGAAACGUUCAUCGCAGAGCGCCUUGCUACCAUCAGUCUGCAGGAUGAGGCCAUUACAGAGUACUUUGCAAGGAUCGUCGAAGAGGAAUCGAUGGAGGAGCCAGAGAAGCGCGAGGCGAUCUCAGAGCUGCUGGCGGAUGUGACCGAAGAACCCACGGCGACGGUGAUCGACAGCGUCUUUGAGUUCUGGAACAUUAUGAAGAAAGAGCAGGAAAAGAAAGCAGAGGAAGAGAAGCGGAAGGCAUUGGAAGUCGCCAAAGAAAAAGAACGCGCGGCGCUAAGAGCAGAAUUCGACAACCCCAAUAAUCGGGAGGGCAUCCUUUCCAUGUCCUCACGCCACGUCGUCAAGAACAUGACGAAGGAAGAGCGUAAGAAGCGUGAUGCCCUUUUGGCACAGUACGGAUACGAUCUGGAUGAAAUGGUCGAGGGCGCCGAUGGCGAGAUGGAGAUCGUUUACAAAGACCGAUCAGGUGGAUCCAAAGCCGCCGUCUCCACCUCAGACCCUUUGCUCAUGGCCAACACGAACGGAGAAGUCGUCAAGCAGAAGGACGCGCAACGGAGGGCGGAGAUGAAGAAGGCGAGCGAGAACGAAAAGGAGAGGAAUAAACUGGCCUUGGAGAAGCAGCGACUGGCGCAGGAUAAGGAAAAGCGACGGACACAGAAGAGUGAGAAGCGUAGGAUGUAAAAGAAAAAGAAAAGAAAGAAGUGUGAUGUGUGCAAAUUGGCAGGGACUGUAAUAAAACUAUCUACAAAAACUGA